UUUCUUUGUUUUGUAACUCAAAUUCCAGAGAAAUAAAAUUAAAUAGUUUUUUCUUUUAUUUUUUCAACAAAAACAAUAAUCAUAAUCACAUUCAAACUGAAGCUUUUCACAACACUUAUCCUAUUAAAUCUAACAUCAAUACGAAGGACAAUGGCUUGGAGAUCAAGUGGUGUCAGUAAUGAAGAUUUAAUACGUCAACUUAAAGAAUUUGGAAUCAUUGCAUCGGACCCGGUUGCCGCUGCUAUGGCUGCAACUGAUCGAAAACAUUAUUGCCCAUCAAAUCCUUAUCAAGACAGACCUCAAAGUAUUGGAGGUGGAGUUACAAUAAGUGCUCCUCAUAUGCACGCUUUUGCUUUGGAAUAUCUAAGGGAUCAGUUAAAACCAGGUGCCCAUGUAUUAGAUGUGGGAUCUGGCUCUGGCUAUCUAACAGCAUGUUUUCUGCGAUAUAUUAAUGCGAAAGGAGAACAUGCUGACACCAAAGUAGUGGGAAUAGAACAUCAAUCACAACUAGUCAACCAGAGUAAAGCUAAUCUACGAGCAGACGAUUCCAAGCUUUUGGAUUCUGGAAAACUUAUUAUUGUUGAAGGAGAUGGUCGCAAAGGUUGUCCCGAAUAUGCUCCGUAUGAUGCGAUACAUGUAGGAGCUGCUGCUCCAGAAACCCCAACAGCACUGAUUGAACAAUUGAAAAAUGGUGGACGAUUAAUUGUACCUGUGGGACCAGAAGGUGGAACUCAAUAUAUGGAACAAUAUGACAAAGAUGAAAGGGGAAAAGUCCAUAAUACCCGAUUGAUGGGCGUUAUGUAUGUUCCUUUGACCGAUUUAAAUAGGUCCUGAUUGCUGAUUGCAUUGAAAUUUACUGUUGUUGGCGGACUAUCGUUGGUGCUAGCAUGGCGUGUGGCACACUUAAUAAAUUGGCUUUAAGUUGAAUUUUUAUUUCUUUCAACUAAAAGCGUUUGUGUGAGAAAAAUAAGAGUAUUAUAAUUAACUUUCUUCUUCCUAAUUUUUAAUUCUUAAUAUUUUCUUCUAUUUUUUAAGUUAUUUGACGUCACAGAUUGAUUCUUUAAAAAAAAAACUAAGAGAAAUAGAAUUUUUGAUUCAUCUCAAAUUGAAUUCACAAAAUCCUUUAACCUAAUUUAUAAAAUUUUUGUUUUAUGAUUAAUUUUAAAUUUGUAUGUGGAUUUGAAAUAAAAUAUUAAAUAACGCUAACGCAA